AUGGCAAUGCCCGAAGGCACGCGGCCGGAAAAUGUGCUCGAGAGCGUUGCCUACGUCAAUUCAACACUUACAUCCGACGGCCGCAAACGACAGUCACGAGCAACCGUCGUACUUGACUUUUCCACCAUUGACCACACGCAAUUGUCCGCGCUACACUCACAAGGCGUGCGAUCAGUGCGUAUUCACACGCAAGGCGCCGUGACCAAAGGCCUUGAGGGCGACGAGGCGCUGAAGGUGUACAUAGAGACGGUGGCCCGACAGAUCGCGCCGCUGGGGUGGACCUUGGAUGGACAGCUCAAGACGGAGCAGUGGGUCAAGUUCGCGCCGUUUAUGAAACAAUUGCACUCUGAGACCGGCAUCGAGUUCGUCGGCGAUCACCAUUUCUACCUCACUGCCGCCGACUACGCCUCGGAAAAGUACGCGGCCAUCAUCGACCUCAUUGAGAGUGGAGCCGCGUGGACUAAGAUAUCCGGGCUAACACAGCGGGUUGGGGCUGACCAGGACCUGAGAAACAUGCGGCUGGUAUCGUUGGGUCUGGCGAGUGCGGCGGGGGGUCGUAGGGCUGUCUAUGGCAGUGACUGGCCGCACGUCGUAUCAGGUGGGGGAUCAAGCGAGGUUGUAGCAUUUGAUGAAAAGGCGGAGGCAGCACAGUACAGACAGUGGUUUGGCGAGGAAUUGUUCCGCAAGAUUAUGGUUGACAAUCCAGCCAGACUGUAUGCCUGA